CUUCCUCCUUCGGGCUGAGCCAGUCUGGGAGAGCUGCAGGCAUCGCGUUGUGGUCCUUGGACUGGGGUCGACUCUGAGACGUUGCAUCCCCCCAAGACACGGUACAACGUCUGCGCUGUCCCAUCUGAUCCCUGAGAAGGAGGAGGGGAUAUUGUGACUGCACCUCUUCCAAGAAUGGUGUUCUUCUUAGUUCUCUUUGUGGUGAUGUGUGCCAUGGCCUUCCUUGCUGGGGUGCCGUUGAACGGCUACGUCCUCUUCAUCGCUGGCUGCCGGGUGGAGAGGACGGCCAGUACCGUGUGGUUCUGGAACCGGGCCAUGACCGAUUUCAUCUUUAUCGUUUUCCUGCCUCUCAGAUUCAUUUCCAUUUUUAUCCUGGACUUAGACUGGGCCAAGAGUCUGAGCAACACCGUCUCCUCCUUCCACAUGUUCUCCAGCGCCUUCCUCCUAACAGCCCUUAGUGUCGAUCGCUGCAUCCUCGUGGCACGUCCUGAGUGGGCCUGGAACCACCGCACACCCCAACUGGCUUUCCUUAUGGUUUUGGGCAUAUGGGCCCUGUCUCUUGGGUUCAGCUUGCGGUACGGUGAUCUAUUGGAAUUCCUCUUCUCACGUUCCAGAACCAGCAUGAAUUUCCAUCCAGAUGAAGGGAGGGUGAAGGCCGCCGUUACGAUCCAGUUCCUGGUUGGGUUUCUGAUCCCAUUAGCCUUGAUCUUGAUCCCAACAUUCUACAUCGUUCUAGCUGCCAAGAUGAGAAGGAACAGGCUGGUCCAAUCCACCAAGCCACUCAAGAUCCUUCUUGGCUUGAUCGCGACCUUUUUCCUCUGCUGGCUGCCGUAUCACGUCUUCUCCUUCCUGCUGAUCUUAGCUAAGCACCCUCUGCCUAUUCUGGACACAGAAAGUGCUUUUGCUUGUGUCCUGACAUAUUUCAGCAGCUGCUUCAACCCCGUCCUCUACUUAACCAUGGAGGAAGAGUUUCUGAGGUACUGGAAACGUGGACACAACUCCCAGACGACCGACAACUCGGGGCUGGAGCUGGCUGAAUAGGGAAAUGGAUGGAAUUUUUGAUAUUUGCAUGGAGAAAGAAUUCUGUUCGCUGGGACAUGUAACUUCCACUUGAUCCCCAAAUUCUUUUUUUUAGCAAGUGAAUUUUUUGGCCUUAUUCUUAGAAGAGCCACGAGAAUGAUGACUGGAUUAGAAAACCUGCCUUACAAUGAGAGACCCAAGGAGCGCAGUCUAUUUAGCUUAACAAAGAGAAGGUGAAGGGGUGAACCUCGCUGAGAGUCAAUGAGAAUAUAACAUAAUAUAACCCUGACAAAGAGUUUCCCAGGCUGGCUGUGCAUUGUGUGAACAAAUAUGUCCUUUUAUUAGUUUAUAUACUUCCUUUUAUUUCUAUAAAACCCGCGGGCUAUUAAUUUCAUUUGGUGACCCCUAGCUCUUGUGUUAUGGGAAGGAGUAAAUAACACUUCCUUAUUUACUUUCUCCACACCAGUCAGGAUUUUAUAGAGCUCUAACAUAUCUCCCCAUAGUUGUCUCUUUUCUAAGAUGAAAAGUCCCAGUCUUCUUAAUCUCUUCUCCUAUGGAAGCCGUCCCAUACCCCUAAUCAUUUUUGUUGCCCUUUUCUGAACCUUUUCCAAUUCCAAUAUCUGUUUUUUUAGAUGGAUUUAUAUAGAGGCAAUAUGAUGUUUUCAAUCUAAUCUGUCCCUUUCUUAAUGAUUCCCAACAUUCUGGUCGCUUUUUUGACGGCCACUGCAGAUUGAGUGGAUGUUUUCAGAGAACUCUCCACAAUGACUCCAAGAUCUCUUUCUUGAAUGGUAACAGUUAAUUUAGCCCCCAUCAUUGUAUAUGUAUAUUAGGGAUUAUGCUUUCCAAUGUGCAUUACUUUCCAUUUAUCAACACUGAAUUUCACCUGCCAUUUUGUUGCCCAGUUACCCAGUUGUGUGAGAACCCUUGGUAGCUCUUUACAGUUGGCUUUGGACUUAACUAUCUUGAGUAGUUUUGUAUCAUCUGAAAAUGAUGCAACCUCACUGUUUACCCCUUUUUCCAGAUCACUUAUGAAUAAUUGAAGAGUACUGGUCCCAGUACAGACCCCUGGGGGACACUGCUAUUUACCUCUCUCCAUUCUGAAAACUGUCCAUUGCUUCCUACCCUUGUUUCCUAUCAUUUAACCAGUUAUUGAUCCAGGAGAGGACUUUCCCUCUAAUCUCACAACAGCUUACUUUGCUCAAGAGUCUUUGGUGCGGGAGCUUCUUGCUUCUGAUGAACUUAACACAAAUUUUCAGAUUACUUUUUGCCUCUUUGGCUAGCUAUUCUUCAAAUUCUUUUUUGGUCUUCCUAAUUAUAGUUUUACACUUCAUUUCCCAGAGUUCAUGCUCCUUUCUAUUUUACUCAAUAGGAUUUAACUUCCACUUUUUAAAGGAUGCCUUUUUGCCUCUCAAAGCUUCUCUAGUUUGCUGUUUACCCACGGUGGCACUUCUUUGGUUCUCUUACUAUGUUUAUUAAUUUGGGGGAUACAUUUAAGUUGAGCCUCUAUAAUGGUGUCUUUUAAAAGUUUCCAUGCAGCUUACAGGGAUUUCACUUUUGGCACUGGACCUUUUCAUUUCUUUUUUACUAACUUCCUCAUCUUUGUGUAGUUUUCUUUUCUGAAAUUAAAUUCUACCGUGGUGGGCUGUUGUGAUGUUUCCCCUGCCCCGGGGGUGUUAAAGUCCAUUAUAUUAUUGUCACUAUUACCAAGCGGUUCAGUUAUAUUCACCCUUGGACCAGAACCUGUGCUCCACUUAGGACUAAAUCAAGAAUUGGCUCUCCUCUUGUGGGUUCCAGGACUAGCUGCUCCAAGAAGCAGUCAUUUAAGGUGUCAAGAAACUUUGUCUCUGCAUCGUGUUCUGAAGUGACAUGUGUCCAGUCAAUAUGGAGGUAGUUGAAAUCCCCCAUUAUUAUUGAGUUAUUUUUAUUUUAAUAGCCUCUCUAAUCUUCCAGAAUAUUUCACAGUCGCUAUCACCAUUCUGGUCAGGUGGUCAGUAAUAUAUCCCUACUCUGUAUUCUUAUUAUUUGGGCAUGGAAUUAUUCUGUAUUGAGAUUCUGCGAUACAGUUUGGUUCAUUUCAGAUUUUUACUUCAUUUGAUUUUAUGCUUUCUUUCACAUAUAGUGCUGCUCCCCCACCAGCACGUCCUGUUCUGUCCUUCCAAUAUAUUUUGUACCCUGGUUAUACUCAUUGAUUAUCCUCAAUUACACCAUUACACCAUUGAUUAUCCUCAUUCCACCAAGUUUCUGCAAUGCCUGUUUUGUCGAUGUCCUCAUUUAAUACGUGGCACUCAAGUUCACCCAUCUUAUUAUUUAAACUUCUAGCAUUUUUAUAUAAGAACUAAAAUGUCACUUUUUAGCUGUCUGCCAUUACAUGAUGUAAUUGAAUCAACUUAGGCUUCUACUGGUGAGAUUUUCAAAAGCACCUAUGUCAGUUAGGUGCUUAACUCCUAACUUCAAUGGGAAUUUGGCAGCUAACUCCCUUAGCCACUUUUAAAAAUCUAGCCCUGUGUCUUCAUUGUCAAACCCGAGCCUUCAAACCCCAUGAGCCACCCCCUAACACAUAAUGAGAUUGGUUUGGAAAGAAAGACAUUUGGGUUCCUCUUUUUUGCUGUAUGUUUUUUUUUUGCUGGGGGGGAGGGCAUGUCAGACUUUUCUCUGGAAAAAUGAAAGGUGGAAAUUUACCUAAAAAAAAUAAGAAGCGAAAGCUGAAAUUCCCACCUAAUCAUCUGGUUCCAGGAUCUGGGGCUUGCAGGAAAAUGACAAACAUGGCGAAUGUCGCAAUGAAAUUGUAAGAGUCGGCGAUGCUACAAAACUCCACCAAAAGUUUCAGCAAACCAGAAAUAUCUAGCUCUAUUACUGAAACCAAUGGAGUGAGGAGGUGUUCAAAAUACUGGGGACUUUAAAUAAAAUGUGGGUGGCUGUGGCACUCUGUACCUCAAAACAGCACCCUGGAGCCCCCAUAUUCACCACGGUCAUAUCAAUAUGAACAAAGUCAUCCUUGUGAGGUAUCAUUAAAAAGUCUUGGUGUGUUGAUUAUUCAUAUACCGUUAAAUUGUAUGUGCUGUCAUUGUAUGGGGAGUUAUGAAGUUUUGCAAUGGGUGUGUUACUGAAAUACGUUGUGUUGUUGGGAACACCCAGAACCAGCCUUUCAGGUAUGACCGCGGAGGAGCCAGACAGCGUUACUGGCUCGUCAGCACCCAUGAAAGAAUCCACUGUCUCAGGAACCGUAUAAAAUGGAGAUUUCUCAGAGAGAGGACAUAGACAAUGGAGACUCUUUGACCCAAGUCAUCCCAAAAUGUAUUUCCAUCAGGGUGGAAGAAACAACAGAAGAGGGGAAGUGAUGUCACCAUUUGGUCUCACUCCCCCCACAACUCAACACCUGGAAACACGUCUGGAGGACAAAGACUUUGAACUUUGGUAUCCGGCUGGAAGACAAGCCCAGCCUGUUCACUGAGGAUGUGUCACCUGCUUGUACCGUCUGCCAGGGUGAGACAUGGCUUGAUUCAAAUCCUGUUAAGUUUGUAGAACUCAGAUGGCGAAUUUCCUUUUACUUCUUGGGUGACCAACUGUGAUCUUUAUAAUCGCGGCGUAUAAUCACUUUAAAUCUGUCUGUAGUUAAUAAACCUGUUUUAUAUUCUGCCU